CUCACGUGACUACGGUAGAGGAGAAAACGCCUGCCCAGAGCCUUCGGUCCGAGCUGCUCUGUCUCUCAGUCGGCCGUCUUUCUUUUCUUUUCUCUUGGGCUGCCCCCGUCCUCACCGGAAUCUGCCCCGAAUCUUCUCCCCUCCUGCCCCCUACUCUGCUCCCACCAGCCCCGGCUAUGCCGCUCUGGGCUGCCCCCGCCUCAGGGCGCCCCCGGCGGGGAUGCGUCCUCCGGAGCCCGGCCCCUCUGGGACUGGGGCUGCGGCUGCUGCUGCUGCUCGGUUCGUGCCUGUGCUGGCUGCGGGGCUCGGAGGCGGCAGGCUCCCGGAGGCCCAACGUGGUCCUGAUUCUCACAGACGACCAGGAUGACCUGCUCGGCGGCAUGACUCCACUCAAGAAAACCAAGGCCCUUAUUGCAGACAUGGGGAUGAGUUUCUCUAGCGCUUAUGUUCCAAGUCCCCUUUGCUGCCCCAGCAGAGCCAGCAUUCUGACAGGGAAGUACCCACACAAUCAUCAUGUUGUUAACAACACUCUGGAAGGAAACUGUAGCAGCACAUUAUGGCAGAAAAUUCAAGAACCAUAUACCUUCCCAGCAAUCCUCAGGUCCAUGUGUGGUUAUCAGACGUUUUUUGCUGGGAAGUACUUAAAUGAGUAUGGAUCUCAGGAUGCUGGAGGAGUGGAGCAUGUACCUCCUGGGUGGAGUUAUUGGUAUGCAUUGGAAAAGAAUUCUAAGUACUACAAUUAUACUCUUUCAGUCAAUGGGAAGGCAAGGAGGCAUGGUGAAAACUACAGUUUGGACUACCUGACAGAUGUGCUGGCUAAUGUCUCUCUGGAUUUCUUGGACUACAAGUCAAACUCUGAACCCUUCUUCAUGAUGAUUUCUACUCCAGCACCUCAUUCCCCUUGGGUAGCUGCUCCUCAAUAUCAAAAGAGCUUCCAAAAUGUCAGUGCACCAAGAAACAGUAACUUUAACAUCCACGGGAAGAACAAGCAUUGGCUAAUUAGGCAAGCCAAGACCCCAAUGACUAAUUCUUCAAUACAGUUUUUAGAUGAAGCAUUUAGGAAAAGGUGGCAAACUCUGCUCUCAGUUGAUGACCUAGUAGAGAAAUUGGUAAGGAGGCUGGAUUUCCUUGGGGAGCUAAAUGACACCUUCAUGUUUUAUACAUCAGACAAUGGCUAUCAUACAGGGCAGUUCUCCUUGCCUAUCGACAAGCGACAGCUGUAUGAGUUUGAUAUUAAAGUUCCAUUACUGGUUCGAGGUCCUGGGAUCAAAGCAAAUCAGACAAAUCAGAUGCUCAUCUCCAACAUUGACUUGGGUCCCACUAUUUUGGACAUUGCAGGCUAUGACUUGAACAAGACUCAAAUGGAUGGAAGGUCCCUGUUACCCAUCUUGAGAGGGAACAAUAAUUUGACUUGGAGAUCAGAUGUCCUGGUGGAAUAUCAAGGAGAAGGAUAUAAUGGCACCGACCCAACUUGUCCUGCUAUGGGCCCUGGAGUCAGUCAAUGUUUUCCAGACUGCGUGUGUGAAGAUGCUUACAACAACACAUAUGCCUGUGUGAGGACAAUGUCCAAGUCAUGGAAUUUGCAGUAUUGUGAAUUUGAUGAUCAAGAGGUGUUUGUGGAAGUCUAUAAUCUGACUGCUGACCCACAUCAAAUUGACAAUAUUGCGAAAACUAUAGAUCCGGAGCUCUUAGGGAAAAUGAAUUACCGGCUAAUGAUGUUACAGUCUUGUUCUGGACCAACAUGCCGUACACCAGGGGUUUUUGAUCCAGAGUAUAGUUUGGACCCACGUCUCAUGUUCAACAAUUACGGUGGCAGUAUCAGGACUCGAAGGUUUUUAAAAAUCAUCUCUGGAGUAACCUUUCCUAGCCUACACAGUUGGAUUCCUCUCUGCAUUUCUCUCCUGGAGUGGACUAUAGUGGAUCUCUCUCCAAAUCGUCGAGACAUGCCUGGAAGAGCUUCUGGACUGGCUUCUCAUUUUAAAUCCUUUUUGGGGGAAAGAAACUCAAUCAGCUGACUUCCUUGUGCAAUAUGCUUUAAAAACUGUGAACUCCAAUUCCCACCACAGCUGGAGGUGGCCAAACUGUGAUCCAUUUACUCACAUUUUGGGGUUUUGCAUACUUUUAUAACCCAGAGUUCCUGUGAUAACCUGUGGUUCGGUAACCGAAUAACAUCUAAAGAAUGAGUUUACAAAUGAAUUUAGAUAAAUUAUUUCCGUUUUUGCCCUUGUUGGUACAGAAGUUAAACCCUGCAUAUCCCUCUUGCAGUAUUUCAAAUUUUUAGUGUUUUCAUAUAAGAAAUGCCAACAUAGAAUUCUGAUGACCAUAAUAUGACUCGUGAUCUGAAUUGAACAAGUGCCAUAGUCUUUCGACUAUAAGCAAUAUCACUAACUUUCGUAUCAUGAGUGUGGCAGCAUCCCAGACUUCAUAGACCAGUCCUUUCCUGUUUUGGUUUGUUUUGGUUUUUUUAAAAUAUUGGACUGAUACUUUAGACAUCCUCCCUAGAAAAAGAUUGUCUUAAUUCAGCUGCAAAUUUUCAUUUUAAAAAAAAAAAACAAAACCCUAAUUCACUUGGCUGGUAUUUUAAAGGUGACCUCUCUUGGAGCUGCUGAUAAAUAAAACCAGAUGCUGCUUAUAAAGUUUAUGAUGAACAGUCCCUGACUGUGCCCCAAAAACAAGCUUGUUUUCCCCAGAAAGAAAUGAGUGUCCUCCUCCCUGUGAUAUUGAGAAGUGACACAUGGCAGGGCACUGAUAAGAGGUCUCACUUGAGCGCCUGCUUUUGGAAGCUUAGUCUUAAAUUGACAGAUUGGAGUACCACCCUUUCAACUAAAUACCUGCCAAGUAGUUGGCUCUUAAGCCAGUCUUGACUUUGGGGGUUUGGCUCCUGUGUCAAGUUGCAGGCGUUUUUCAAAUCUUGCAAGAAACUGUGUGUUCCCAUUGCCCACACUUCUCCUCCAGUGGUUGACUGAAAAGUAGAAAUAAUUCUGUCCCUUUCCUCUCUAAGAUCAUUAAAUACUCUAGAAUCGUAAGAAGCUUCUGUGGUUUAACCCUGGUCCGUAUAUUGGAGGAAGACUAAUAUUUUUCCCUGUCUCACUGUUGAGAAAAACUAACAGUUUCCUACUUUGAGGGAUCUUAACGCCAUGCAGUAUUGAUAAUCUAACUUACUUCUAAAAUAGAAAAAGUUUAUAGAAGGGCAGGCAGAAGGAAUAUGUGGUUUGUAAUGGACUGACUUGUCUCAGGCAAAAAAAAAAUUAUUUUUAGCUUUAUUUAGGGUUGUACACAAAGCUUUAAUAAGUAUCUUGUUUUUUCACCAGUAGUCAGAUAGCAAUUCUGGGUUAGUAGCCAUAGGAUUUAUUCUUUUACAUGAUUCCUGUUUCAUGUGGGAUUUUUGAUUUAGAUAUGUAAUUCAGAUUAACCUCUGCAUGUUAUACCUGUGGAAAAACCCAUAGCAACAUGAGGAGAUGUAUAGUUAGUGUCAAAAAGCCAUUCUUUAAAUUGAAAUGGCAUAAGACAAACCGGGAUGUCUAGCAUGGGGGUUGACUUUUUUUUUCUUUUACAUUGUUUGAUUCUUUACAAGGGUGAAAUAACAUAAGCAAACUGAUUCUCAUCUAACACAGUAUACUUACUGAUAAAAAUAAAUACUACCAUUUUUCCUGAGUAAAAAGAAAUGUAUUUUCCCAUUUAGUCACUGAGAAAGUCCCCUUACUCAAGUUUCCAAGUACAGGCACUAGAGACACAAAAACAUUAUAAAGCCAACUAGCUAUGUGGUAUUACUGCCCCAUUCCCUCAAUGUUCAGGUGAUGGUUGGAGGAAGCUCAAUGGCUUCUCUGCUUUGCCUUUCCAUCUCCCAAGAAUUGUUCAUUGGCUCUCCAUCUUUUGUAAAAAUUGUGCAAAGGAGACUUUUGUUUGUUUUGGAGAGUUUGGGGGUAGUUCUGACAGUUCUAAAAUCUGGUCCCAUAUCCAAGGGAAAAGUAGGCUUGAUCUCCCACAGAUGGUUAUUCUCCACCACUUGUUGACCCUUCUUGUGGCUGGAGUAUUUGUGCUACUUUUUUCUUCAGAUGACCAUGUCCUUUCUGCACCUUUUAUUACACAAGAGCCAUGUAACUGUUAAGAUGGAUAGAGGCCUUGCCUUAUGGACCUUCCUUUAGGAAGCUGUCUCUCACCAUCAAGUCAUCUGUCAAAUUCAGACACUUUACAUGUUCACUUAAGACUACAAAACAGCAGAUAAAAAGUAAUGAGAGAACCUUGGCAACAACGGGUGUCACUUAGCAAGUGGGGGAAAAGAAACUUUUCAGUAUGUUACAACUUGUCACAUUGUAGGGUGGGACCUAUAAGAAAAAAAGUAAGGCUUUAACACCACUUUGCCGGAAUUUACACUGGAAGGCUGUCUUGGUUAAGCAAACCACCAAAGCAAAUGCUCGUGUUUUGUACUUUGCUUAUAAAGCUACUGAGGUACAGCCAUGUUGUUUGUUUUGUCUUCUUAACCAUCCCCCUGCUUUGUAUCAUUUCAUAUGAUUUAGAAAGUGCCCUUCCAAGGACCCUGUUCACUGCUGCACUUUUCAAUGAAUUAAACUGUGUCUAAUGGAAAAA